GCCGAAACAAGGGACUUGGUGGCGCCUGUCUAAACUUAGUGCGCGGUGACUCGUUUCGCAUCUAUAUUCAGUCGUCAAUCUUGGUUUGCCUCGAUUUCUCGACGCCAAGAUGGUGCAGUUCCGGCUCCCGAGCCCGCGCAAACCCAAAGCCGAGUUGGCGUCUGCUGCGUCGACGCCCGACACGUCAUCGCACCCUUCGCUCACCCACAGCAUCUCGAUCAGCGACAUUGAUGCGCUGCCGCCCAUGUCCGAGCACAUUUUGGACCAUGUGCUCGGGAAAGGCCGCGCCAUCGACCGCAUCGCGUCGCCAAGUACGAGCCACAGUAGUGUCGCGUCGCCCCGCGCCGGGUACUCCAAAAUGGACUCGCAAGCGCUCUACUGGAGCAAGGAAGGGGUCGUGAAGCGCUCGGCGACGGUGACGAACCGCAUGCACGCGCGCGGCGUCAAGCUCGAGUACGCAACCGAUCCGCGCGCAGGCUUGCCGCCGGGCGACGUCUUGGAUCCGACGCAGCUGGUGCCCGAGCCCGCGUUUAUCGUGUACAAAUCUAACAACGCGAUCGACCCCAAAGUCGUGGCCGAGAAGGACUCCAAGCACAAGAAGAUCGCCAAAGCCAAUGCCAGCGUCCUUCGAUCGCUCGAGGCAGCGUACAAGCCAGCCCAAGGCGACAAGGUGGCGCUGAGCGAGAUAGCACACACAAACAAGGCACCGUCGCGCCAUCUUCAGUUUGUCGACGGUGAUGGCAACGUUCGAAGCCUGUCGCGGACGAGCUGCGACACGCCGAUGACGGCGCCACCCCCGACGCCGCCCGUCGACGAGGCAGACAUCGAUACGACGAGCCCUGUCGUGGACGUCCAAGCCAACAAAAAGCGAGCGACCAAGUUUUGGACAAAGAAUGCCAAGGCCAAAGACACGGACGCCGAGCUCAAAAAGAGUGAGUCGGUGCCCGUCAAGACAGCAUCUCCCCCGGUGCUCAAGAAGAGUGACUCGGCGGGCGACGCACCACCCAAGCCCACGACGUCGGGCUGGCGCAUGAAGUUUGGCACCAAAGAGAAGGGCAAGGAGACAACGACCCCCGUCGUCGAAGCAUCCGCGUCGACAGAAGCUGCUGCUGUGAGCGUGCCAGACGUUGCUCCGCCUGUCAAUCCCACCCAAAGCACUACGGCUGCCACGGAGCUCAAGAAAAGCGAGUCGGUGCCAGCAAAGACAGCAUCCCCCCCGGCGCUCCAGAAGAGCGAAUCAGCGGGGGACACGCCCGCGAAACCCGUAGCAACUGGCUGGCGCGCCAAGUUUGGCACCAAGGACAAAGAUAAAGAGACUACCGGUCCCGUUGCCGAGGCCUCGUCAGUACCAGCUACGGUCGAGUCGACCACCGGUAGCGAGGUGACACCGACGUCAGACAGUGCACCGACAAUCAACCGUGUUUCGAGUGCCACCGCCACUGGGGCCAGCUCGCCGACGGCGCCUGUCACUGAGCCAAGUGCCUCCGUUGCACCGCUACCUGUGGUUGAAAAGAAAAAAAUGUCGGGUCUCUUCAACAAGGCCAAAGGCGAGCCGUUCGUUAAGCCCGUCGCUAGUGACUUGGCCGUCAAAACAGCACCCGCAACAGACGAGCCAAAACGCAAGUCGGCCAUCAAAUCGGUGGAGAAGCCCAAGGUGAACCCACUCGGCUUGGUCGCCAACGUCAAGAGUGGGUCCAACCAAGCGCUGAACGACACUGUCGUGGCAUCCAAGGACGUCAAGACGCCGGCGGAAACAACCGACCCGGUGACGAACGACGUUGCGAAAACCGGUUCGAUCAACAAGCUCACGCCCCAGGUGACCACACGACCAUCGGUGUCGGAGACAAAGACGGACGCGGUGAGUGCCGGCGAGGUCGUCAUGACCGAGACCCCAACAAGCACUGUUCUGUCGCCGUCCAAGAAGCGCGGUACGUUUCGCAACCCUUUCAAGGCGCGCACGUCGUCGAUGGAUGCGCCUGUCAACUAAUUAGUUAGUCAACUUCUACGGCUUUUUACUUUUUCUGAAUACGAUACGUGUUCCUUGUCUGCC